CCGCUUACUGUCAUCCCUCGCCGACUUGGAGGCGCGCAAACGCGCGAACCGGCGCGCGAUGCGUUUUGACAAGUCACGCGCGCCCGAAAAAAAAAAAUAAAAGCGCGCGUAAUCCGGCGGUGCGUUGGAUUGGGCGGGAAGAGAGUCGGCUGAGGAAACACGGGAUUGGGCGGAUGGACGAGUCAAACCGCUGCUGUGACUCAGAUGAAGAGAUGAAUCCACUUCACUUCACUUCACUUUACCUCAGCUGAACGCCGGACCGAGUUCCUGUUAGGCGAUCGCCGAGAAAGCGAAUUAUCGACCUAAUUGGAAUUAAUAGCGCUCGCGGGGCGAACAAGGAAGAGCGUUGAGGAACGUUAUACUAUUUCACGAUGGCUUUCAUGGUUAAACACGUAGUCGGCGGUCAGCUGAAGAACCUGACGGGAGGUCUGACGGAAGAUAAAUCCGACGGAGACAAAUCCGAAGCCGCCGCUAAAGGAAUGACACAAGAAGAGUUUGAGCAGUACCAGCAGCAGCUGGAGGAGGAAAAGCAAGAGCGAGACGCCAAUUUUGCCCAGAAGAAGGCGGAGAGGGCGACAGUCAGGUCUCACUUCAGAGACAAAUACAGGUUGCCAAAGAACGAGGUGGAUGAGACUCAGAUCCAAGGGGCACAAAACGACGUGGAGCUCCCCACCGAACUGGCCAAGAUGAUCGCCGAAGACAACCAGGAGGAGGAGCAGAAGCAGUCCGUCCUGGGUCACCUGACCAACAUCCAGAACGUGGACAUGGGCCACCUGAAGGGCAAAGCUCAGGCCACCCUGGAGGACCUGAAGAACUCGGCGGAGAAGUGCUGCGUCAUGUGAUCUCCUCACACCUGGAAGCGUUUCUUCUCUCCUCCUCCUCCUCCCUGUAUCCCCUUCAUCACACACACACACACACACACACACACACACACACACACACACACACACACACACACACACA